AUGGAGGACAAGGAAAACCAAAUGCAACUCCUGAAUGAAAAGCAGGUGCCGAACUCUGAAAGUGAUUAUGUGUGGCAUGUCACCGAUACGAAUCGACUGCAGCGUUUCUUGUGUUUUGGUUCAGAAGGUGGUACUUAUUACAUCAAGGAGCAGAAGCUGGGCUUUGAAAAUGCACAAGCUUUAAUAAGACUGAUUGAAGAGGGUAGAGGUUGUGAAGUUGUCCAAGAAAUAAAGACGUUUAGUCAAGAAGGCAGAGCAGCAAAACAGGAGCCCCUGCUUUUUGCUCUUGCGAUUUGCUCACAGUGUUCUGAUGCAAAAACGAAACAAGCGGCAUUUAAAGCUGUUCCUGAGGUGUGUUGCAUACCAACCCAUCUGUUUACUUUCAUCCAAUUUAAAAAAGAUCUGAAGGAGGGCAUGAAAUGUGGCAUGUGGGGCCGUGCACUGAGGAAAGCUGUUGCAGAUUGGUACAAUGGAAAGAAUGGCAUGGCUGUUGCUUUAGCAGUUACAAAAUAUAAACAAAGAAGUGGUUGGUCUCAUAAAGAUCUUCUGAGGUUGUCCCACCUAAAACCUGCCAGUGAAGGAAUUGCUGUAGUCACUAAAUAUAUUACCAAAGGGUGGAAAGAUGUCCAAGAGGCUUAUAAAGACAAAGCAGUUUCUGCUGAGACUGAAAAACUCUUGAAGUAUCUGGAGGCUGUAGAGAAAGUAAAACGCACAAAAGAUGAAUUGGAAGUUACUCACUUAAUAGAGGAAUAUGGUCUAGUUAGAGAGCAUCUCCUGACAAACCACCUGAAAUCUAAAGAGAUUUGGAAGGCAUUGCUGAAGGACAUGUCCAUUUCUGUAUUGUUGAGAAAUUUAGGAAAGCUGACAGCAAAUUCACUGCUUGAACCACGAGGUUCAGAAGUGGCAAUAGUAUGUGAAAGACUGAGAAAUGAGACACUGCUAAAAAAGGGUAGAAUACAUCCAUUCCAUAUUUUGGUUGCAUUAGAAACCUAUAAAACUGGACAUGGAAGCAGAGGGAAGCUUUGGUGGCGUCCUGAUGAAGACAUUUUAGAAGCUUUAGAUGCCUCAUUUUACAAAACUUUCAAGACAGUUGAACCAACAGGAAAACGCUUCUUACUUGCAGUUGAUGUCAGUGCAUCAAUGACACAAAAAGUUUUGGGCAGCGUGCUCAAUGCUAGCACAGUUGCAGCAGCAAUGUGUAUGGUUGUAGCACGUACUGAGAAGGAUUCCCAUAUUGUUGCCUUUUCACAUGAAAUGGUCCCUUGCCCAGUGACGGCUGAUAUGACGUUACCUCAAGUAUUAGUGAAAAUGUAUGAAAUUCCAAUGGGUACUACUGAUUGUUCCCUUCCAAUGAUAUGGGCUCAAAAAACUCAGACAGCUGCUGAUGUCUUCAUUGUAUUCACUGAUAACGAGACCUUUGCUGGAAAUACUCAUCCUGCAACAGCUCUUAGAGAGUACAGAGAGAAAAUGGGUAUUCCUGCUAAAUUGAUUGUUUGUGGAAUGACCUCAAAUGGGUUUACAAUCGCAGAUCCAGAUGACAGAGGCAUGUUGGACAUAUGUGGCUUUGAUACAGGAGCUUUGGAUGUUAUUCGAAACUUCACUUUGGAUUUGAUUUAAUUCUCUAGGCAUCUGCUCUUCCCAGUGGGUCCAGUGCUGGCAACAGACUUCGCCCUGGGAACUCCCAGCCAAAUAUACUUUAUUAGAAUAUGGCACAUUAUAUACAUAUCAGAAUGUUACCUUUUUGUGAAGGGAAGACAAGAAAAGCAGAUGAGAAAUCUCUGUUCUCUUUUUUUCCUGUUGCACACAAUUUAAAAUAAUAGUGGGAAGUUUGCUAGAAGUAGCUACAGGGUUACACAAUAAUUUAAUUUCAUUUAUAAUAGAUUAUAAAUAC